AUGUUCCUUUUGGGUGAACAAAGUGAGGCUCCUGCCGUUUUUACUGAAAUGGGCGAACUUUGGCGUAGUGGGGAUGUUGAGGAAUGGAGAGAAACAGCUAGAUGGGUUAAAUUUGAAGAAGAUGUUGAAGAGGGGGGCAAUAGAUGGUCAAAGCCGCAUGUUGCUACUUUUUCAUGUUUACUUCAUGGAAUUAUACUAAUUGAUUCUGAAGCAGAAUCAAUGCCAGAAUUAAUUGAACACAUUUUGGACGAAUUUGUAGCCAAAAACGAUUUGCAAGAAAGUGAAAAAAUGGCGGUGCGUUAUGUUCUUUCUCGACGGCAUACUCAUCAAUACGAGCAGGCUCGUCAUUCUGGUGGGAGUUCAAAUGGUGCAUCAAGUAGCCAAGGGAGUUUCUUAAACGCCGUUCGCUCCAUUUCGGAUAUAGGACGUUCAUUUUCUCAUGGCAAAAAUCUCCAUCAAAAAGGUCAAGAAGAGAAUUUACAAGGUGGUGGAGACAGCACAACACAAAGCCCCGUUACUAAAAAGCCGCAAUUUGGUCCUCAACUUGACCUUCCUAAAGUUGGGUCUCUCCCUAAAGACAUACAAAAAGAAGGCUCUCAGAAUAGUGAAUUCUUCGGUCGAAAUACCCAUUUUAUGAAAAAACUUCCUCCUGGAGUUGAAGCUUCAAAUGUUUUGGUUGGAGAGGUUGAAUUCCUCAGUCACCACAUAACAGCAUUUGUUCGACUUAAAAAGGCACAAUUACUUGGAGAUCUAACAGAGGUGCCUGUACCUACCCGUUUUCUCUUCCUCCUUCUUGGACCGUCAGGGCAUGCUGCCCAAUUUAAGGAAAUUGGUCGAGCGAUUGCUACUUUAAUGAGUGACGAGAUAUUCCACGAAGUUGCCUACAAGGCAAAACAACGUUCGGAUUUGCUAGAUGGUGUUGAUGAAUUCUUAGAUGCAGUAACCGUUUUACCGCCCGGCGAAUGGGAUCCGAGCAUUCGAAUUGAGCCUCCUAGUACAAUUCCUAAUCAACAAAGCCGUAUUCAACAAAAGCCCUCAGCUAUAAGUGACAAAUUUGUCUGCAAUAAAUUAUCAGGAGCUAGUACAGGCGAUCCCACUUCUGGAUUACCUGGCGGGAGUAAUGGAAAGGAUUUGGGUGGCAUUGGAGGUUCUAAACUUGCUUUAGCCAACGGGAAAAAAACUAGUUUGGAAGAAGAGGACGGUCACGGUCAAGAUCCUGGUUUACGCAGAACUGGGAAAUUGUUUGGGGGUUUAAUGUUAGAUAUUCGUCGGAAAGCCCCGCAUUAUUUAUCCGAUUUUACUGAUGCGUUAAACCUUCAAUGUAUAGCAACUACUUGUUUUAUGUAUUUUGCACUGUUGGCCCCAAUUGUAACUUUUGGUGGUCUUUUAGAAGAAGCUACUCAUCAAAGAAUGGCAGCAAUGGAGAAUUUAGCUAGCGGUGCAAUCUGUGGCAUCAUAUAUCACUUGUUCAGUGGCCAGCCUCUAACUAUAAUUGGCUCUACUGGGCCUGUACUUGUUUUUGAAACAAUUGCCUUUGAUAUUUGCAAUUCUCUUUCAAUUGACUACCUCUCAUUUCGAUUUUGGAUUCAUGUAUGGACUGCUUUAAUUAUUUUUAUAAUGGUUGCAACAGAUGCAUCUUCUUUAGUAUCAUAUAUUACUCGAUUUACUGAAGAGUCUUUUGCAAUGCUUAUAGCAGUCAUUUUUAUUUAUGAAGCUUGCAUGAAACUUUUUAUGAUUAAAGACCAACUGGAUGUUAUUAGUUAUAUACCUCCAAACGAGCCAAUACCUGUUGGAGAAGAAUGUCAUUGUAUUUCAACCGGUGCACCUUUCGCCAAAGUUCAGGCUAUAGCUGCUAAACGUCACUUUACUUUAUUACCGACAAAUAACAGUUCGGGGCAAAUGGAGAUUGACUAUUCGCUUAUUCCGUUGGGUAAAUGUAAACAAUUGUUGGGGCAAUUAGAAGGAAGUACUUGCUAUAUUUUACAUGACAAGUUGCUUAUGAGCAUUGUCCUUAUGAUUGGAACAUUUUUUAUGGCUAUAACUCUAAAAAGAAUGAGAAACAGUCGUUAUUUCCCUACAAAAGUUCGUCAAAUUCUUUGUGACUUUGCAGUAAUGAUUGCAAUUAUUUGUAUGACAUUACUUGAUAUUUUUGUUGGAAUUAAUACACCAAAAUUGAAUGUGCCAUCUACUUUUAGACCAACUUGGUCAGGACGUGGUUGGUUUGUCCCUCCUUUUGGCUCUAACCCUUUUUGGACAAUACCUUUUGCUAUUUUCCCUGCAUUGUUGGCUUGUGUUUUAAUUUUUAUGGAUCAACAAAUAACUACUGUUAUUGUUAAUCGAAGAGAAAAUAAAUUGAAAAAAGGUUGUGGCUAUCAUCUUGAUUUGCUUGUUCUUUCAAUUCUUAUUAUAAUUGUUGGUGCUUUGGGGUUGCCAAUUUAUGUAGCUGCUACUGUUCUCUCAAUGAACCAUGUCAACUCAUUACGUGUUGAAAGUGAAAGUAGGGCACCUGGGGAAGUUGCACAAUUUAUUGGUGUUAGAGAACAACGUUUAACUGGCAUUUGCACUUUCCUACUUAUCGGUCUCUCCGUUACAAUGACAAAGUUACUCAGUCACAUCCCAAUGCCUGUACUUUAUGGAGUUUUUCUUUAUAUGGGUAUUUCUGCAUUGGGUGGAAUUCAAUUAUUUGAUCGUUUCUUAUUAAUGUUGAUGCCAAUGAAAUACCAACCGGACACCAUCUACAUACGCCAUGUUCCCAUCCAUGUCAUUCACAAAUUUACAUUAUUCCAAAUAGCCUGUCUGGCAUGCUUAUGGCUGUUGGUUGUAAUGGUAGCCGUUCGAAAAUUAAUGGAGCGUUGUUUUUCUGAGAAAGAUUUGAAGUAUUUGGACGAUAAAAUGCCAGAAUUUCAUUUGCGCCGAACUGAGGAUAAACAAAAACGUGAAUCACAUGGGGGACAGACAAUUGACAUUGAUUUGGAUGAGAAUCAAGGAACGAUUAGAGCAGUGAAGACUGAGGCUCAUUUACACAUACCUAUGACAUCUGGAAAUGUCAUCAAAAUCCCUUUGGCGGCAAUCCAAGAACCAACACCUCCUUCCCACAAUAUCAACAUCAGCGAAGCAGUCUGCCAAACAGGAAUGUGGCGUUCUAUUGCUAGCGAAUCAAAAUCAUCCUUGCAAAAAAUUGGAAAAGAUGGAGAAGUGAGGGAUUCAAAGUCGCCGAAUCCAAAGAGAGAACAGAGCUCUUCUGGUCCAAUUACUAAAUCUCCCUCUCCAAUGACUGCAACUGUCCAUUGUGAACGAAAAGAGACGGGCUCACCUCGACUUGCAACUCCUGAGGAAGAUGAUGAUCAGGCAAUUACAAUCACUGUUGGGAAUGCUGCAGUAAAUGCAUCAAACAGUGAGCAGCAACCUCUACUCCAACAACGUGCAGGAAAGGGCAAAGACAAACAGCAACAUUUAAUGGGAUCUCCUGUUUAA